GAUUAGAAAUAAAAACAAGUGUGCGUCAAACAAGCAAGUCAGUCUGCAUUGAGUUACGGUGUUGGAUAUAUUCGUGGAGCAUUCGCUAACGAGAAGUGUUCUCAUAAUGAUUUCGAAGAUGAUAAUAUUUCUGACGGUCGUGAGUUUGGCGUGUGCCGCCGUUUGGAUGGGAAAGCCACCCAAAAAACCCCAUAAUUUAGAAAAUAAAGAAGGUUGUUACAUUCGGGAGAUAAAUGAUGUAAUAUCAUACAAUGACGAGAUUUCACCAAUCGGAUACUGCGUAAGAAUCGAAUGUGGAAAAGAUUUUAUACAUUAUGCUUCAUGCGGCGUGGUUGUAACCGAUGAUCCUAAAUGUCACAUCACGGAGACAGACCUUCAUAGACCUUACCCAGAUUGCUGUCCAAAAAUCAAUUGUGAACUGGAUAAUAAUCUUGUUUAAAUGCAGCAGAUGCGGUGUUAUAUGUUGGGAAUUAAAUGGUCACUAAGAGAGCCACUAAAUGUAGAUUAUUUAAUGCGAAAUCUACACUAAAAGACUGCAGUAACCAAUGACUGUGUGAAGUGUGGCAAAAAGAUAUUUAAGGCUAUGAAUUGGAAAAAGUUAAGAUAACUUUCUUUUUACUAGUUACAAAUGUAUACAAGCCUUUUUAUUUGUAAAAAAGUUAUAAUAAUUGAAUCUUUUCAGAUUAAUUUACAUCAGUGUAUAAAAUGUAUUAAACAAAAAAAAUAAGCAUUUAGUGUGUGAAUAGGGUUUAAUAUUUUUUUGUGAAAUUAUGUGAACGCGCCUUUAUUGUCAGUUUCCACUAUAUAAAGACUUGUAUAAAAAUGUAUCUUUUUAAUCUUAUGCCAUAGAAAAAAAACAGAGAUAUAAUUUUAACUAGAUAUGUCAACAAUGUAAAUUCACGGUAAGAAUAUAAACAUAACUGUGAUAUAAAUCUGAAUAUUAAUAAGUAUAUAUCAUACACUUUAUCUUAGUAUAUUAUCGAUUCCCUGUUCCCGACAUUACACCAUUUGUCAUGCUGCUUGAAGACUUUAGUUCCUUGUAGAAGAGUUUGAACGUAAUUCAUACUCGAGAAGCUAUCUUGCCGCCAAAUUGUUAUAAAAUAAUUUAUUUUUUAAUUAAAAAGUUUUUUUUUGCAA